GCAGGGCGGGAUGUGAAAGUCUUGAAGAAUAACUCAUUGAUCAAUCUCUCCAACAAGGCUCACAGAGUUGGUCGUGCAAACACCUCUUUACACACAGAAGUUACUUACGGAAAACGUGCUCCGUAAUUUCUUGUUUUCACUCGGACGAACAAACAAGGGCAGCUGCAAUGUGGAUUCAGGUGCGCACGAUGGAUGGGAAGGAAACCCACCGGGUGGAUUCCCUGUCCAAACUCACAAAAGUGGAUGAGCUGCGUCUCAAAAUCUUGGAGCUCUUCAAGAUUGAGCCGGAGAGACAGAGACUGUUCUACCGCGGCAAGCAGAUGGAGGACGGCCAUACCAUAUUCGACUACAACGUGGGUCUAAAUGACAUAGUGCAGCUGCUUGUUAGGCAGAAGAUGUCUGCUGUUGAUCUCGUCAAAAGCAAGGACAAAGAAGCCGAGCUCUCAGACUCUGAUUCUGGUUGUGGCUCAACCCAGAGUGAGUCUGACAAGAGCUCAACUCACGGUGAGGUUGAGGGUCAGACCGCCGGCACCUCUGCCCAGACAACCACUGCAGAGCUCGUCGAUCCAGGGUUCGGAUGUUACAAGAUCAAUGAGCUGGUGGAUGCGAGGGACUUGAACAUGGGCGCGUGGUUUGAGGCCCAGAUUGUUAAUGUUACUAAGACAGCAAAGAUGCCAGCAGAGGAGGCUGCUGAGGCACAGCCAGCAGAGGAGAUACUGUACCAUGUUAAAUACGAAGACUACCCAGAGAACGGGGUGAUUGAGUUGCUGGCUAAGGAUGUUCGCCCGCGGGCCCGUACGGUAUACCAGUGGCACCAGCUGGAGCCGGAAAUGGUCGUUAUGGUCAACUUCAACCCAGACGACCCCAAGGAGCGCGGCUACUGGUACGACGCUGAGAUCCAGAGGAAGAGGGAGACACGCACCGUGCGAGAGGUCCACGCCAAAAUUAUCCUUGGUGAUGCUGGCGACUCCCUUAAUGAUUGCCGGAUCAUGUUCCUGACUGAAAUCUACAAAAUUGAGGGGCCUGGUUCUGUGGGUGACACCCCCACUGGAUCUGAGAGUCCACUGAAAAGAUCAAAUGGACCUGAGUGCAAGCACUGUAAGGACGAUCCCAACAAAAAGUGUCAGUGGUGUAACUGCCAUAUCUGCGGCAUCAAGCAGGAUCCUGACAAACAGCUGCUGUGUGAUGAAUGUGACAUGGCCUAUCACAUCUACUGCCUGAACCCUCCGCUCACCUCCAUCCCUGAAGAUGAGGACUGGUAUUGCCCAGGUUGCCGUAAUGACUCCAAUGAGGUUGUGUUGGCCGGAGAGAAGCUGAAGGAGAGCAAGAAGAAAUCUAAGAUGGCUUCUGCCAGCUCCACCAGCCAGAGGGACUGGGGCAAGGGAAUGGCCUGUGUUGGCCGAACUACGCAGUGCACCAUCGUCCCGUCCAAUCACUACGGCCCGAUCCCCGGUGUCCCUGUUGGCUCCCUGUGGAAGUUCAGAGUGCAGGUCAGUGAAUCUGGUGUCCACAGGCCUCAUGUAGCUGGGAUCCACGGCAGGAGCAAUGAUGGGGCCUACUCUCUGGUCCUGGCAGGAGGAUAUGAGGAUGACGUGGAUGAUGGUAAUGAGUUCACAUACACUGGCUCAGGGGGACGAGAUCUUUCUGGAAACAAGAGGACUGCUGAGCAAUCAUGUGAUCAGACACUUACCCACAUGAACAGGGCGGUGGCUCUCAAUUGCAACAUCCCUGUCAACGACAAGAACGGAGCUGAGGCCAAGAACUGGAAGGCAGGCAAACCAGUGAGAGUUGUGCGCAGCUGCAAGGGUCGCAAGCAUAGUAAAUACUCUCCUGAGGAAGGAAACCGAUAUGAUGGGAUAUAUAAGGUGGUGAAGUACUGGCCAGCCAAGGGAAAGUCUGGCUUCUUGGUCUGGCGGUAUCUGCUGAAGCGUGAUGAUGAUGAGCCGGCACCAUGGACCAGAGAUGGCAAGGAACGCGUCAAGAAGCUCGGCCUCACCAUGCAGUAUCCUGCUGGCUAUCAGAAAGAGAAAGAGAACAAAAAUGAAGUGGAGGAAGAGUCGGCAACACCCAGCAAGGCAAAGAGGAAGAGAAAAUCUCAGGGCAGCGAAUCCACAACCUCACCAGGCAAGACUCCUAAGAAAACAAAGGUAGAAGUGUACAAGCUUACCAAGGAGCAGAAAUCCAUCAUUAAGAAUGACAAGCUAAACAAGAAGCUGUGGGAUGAAGCCAUGGAGUCACUGUCACUUGGACCGAAAUUCUUGAACAAAGUUGAAGACGUUUUCCUCUGCAUCUGCUGCCAAGAAGUGGUCUACCAGCCCCUCACCACAGAGUGCCAACACAAUGUCUGCAGGGAAUGCCUUCAGCGGUCCUUCAGAGCAGAUGUGUACACCUGCCCGGCCUGCAGGCACGACCUGGGCAAAAACUACGCCAUGACCAUCAACAAACCCCUGCAAGAUAUUCUAAAUCAGUUUUUCCCAGGGUACAGCAGUGGGCGAUGAUCAUUGGUUCUGCUAUCUCAGCCCUCGAGGAAACGCGAUUUAAACAGUAAGGGGAAUUUUCAGUAGAGGCAAUAAAGAAUCAGUUUCUCUUAAUAUAUUUUUUAUGACUAUAAAACUACAAUUUUUGUGGACUUCAAUGCCACAAUUUUUUCACCUUGGAUCUGCCAUGAUGUGUAGUUAAAGAUAAAUUGAGAAUUCCUUUUGUAACCGUACCAUUACUCCGUUAAUACCUUACACCGUGAUUUUACUCCCAGCGUUUAAUUUUGUUCCAUUAACUAAUGCUAAUGUUAUCCAUAUUGUAAGAUGUUUUAACUAAAUCCCUCCAUGUUUAGCACUCCUUAAGAGAAUGUUAAGGCAAAGUGGUUUGGCCGUUUGCUCAACUUUGUUUGGAAAUUUCUUUUUGUACAAGGCUAUUAAUAGAAUCUGGUCUGCCGUUAGUUUGGCUGUGGUUGGUUGUCAUUUUGGUGCAAUUUUUUAAAUCUGAUCGUGUAGUCUGAGAUUUAAAUUGGUUUACAUUCACAUCUGACCUCGAAGCCCCCGUUAUGCCUCUCCUGUAGCCAUGUACUUGUCUGUACUUUACUUUUUUAAUCUCUUGCAUAGGUUCAAUAGACAAACUAACAUUGUCCACAUGAUCAGAUGAUUGAAAUUGCACUAACAUGACACGUGAACAAAGCUGCUCUAAAAAUGUAGAUGAUACCUGACAUACAAGCGCGCAAACUGAACCAGUUAAAGUUUUUUUGUUUUUCUGCUCUUCAGCAGUCUUGAGAGGAAGUGUCUUGUUGGGAAAUGAUGUCGUCAAACAUGGUUGGAUUUUCUAACUUAUGUAUUGGUUCCUUCAAUAUUUUCAUACAGUAAUUUUAUACCUAUAUAUUCAGCUUGUGAGAUUUGGUAUAAAAGUUACUAUGAAUUUGAUACAACCUUGAAAGCUCAAUGUGAUCAAUUCCUAAACUCAUUUUGUAUACUGUGGUGAUUGAUUUGAAUUUCCCCUGUUUUAAAAAGAUUAACUUUUAAAGUCCAAAGAAACAAAAGUGCUUAACCAAGAGUGUAAUGUAGGACUCCCCUUUUCUAGAUUUUUAGACAUUGUCCCCGCCACUCAAACCUAUUUGAGUAUAGAAACUUUAUUCGUAUUUUUCGCUAAAAUUAAAAUGUGUACUUUUUCAUCUUUUAUAAUCUAUUACUGCCAUCUCUGGGGGAGCUGUUCAGUCCGAUUUUUGUGUCUCCUGUGGUCCCUUGUAAUACCUGACCUCAUUUAAAAACCAGUUAAUGCUUGCAUCAAGAUGACAUGUUAAUGAAAGUCCACACACUGCUCCUGAAAUUUGAAGUUUUAUCUGACUAAAUGAUCUGAAUUUGUUAUUGACUACUUUUACUGUUGCCUUUGUCAUUUAUCAAUAUUUGGUGUUGAAUUUCAACAGCAGUGUGUGACGAUGUCCAUCCACAUGCCAGCACUUUGAGUUUUGAUGGAGAGACAAAGAUUUGCAUCGACUGGGAAAUGUAUAUUUUCUGAAAUUGUAUAAUUUUUAGUCCAUUUUAGUUUUGAUAUGUAGUUUUAGAAUUGCUUGCACACGUUUGGUGCACAAAUUGUCAAUACAUUUUCAGUGUUAUUCAAUAAAAAAGUGAAAAUGAA